CCCCAGAAGCCCGUGGAAGCUUCGGAAGCGGCGCGGCGCGGCGCUGGGCGGGGGAGAAGACCAGAGCGGCGAGGAAGGAGGCGGCGCCCAGCGGGGAGAGCGAGCGGCUCGACGCCGACGGCCAUGGCGCUGCUGAUGGAUCCCGGGGCGGGAGGCCCCCUGACGGAGAGCGAGAAGGCCGACCUGGACGCCAUCGCCGCCAUCAAGGAGUCGGCGGCGGCAGAGUACAAGGAGAAGGGCAACCGGCUCGUCAAGAUGGGCCGGAGCCACUACGCCGACGCCGUCGACUGCUACACCAAGGCCAUUGCCCAGAUGGAGCCGCUGCCGCCGCCGCCGGUGCCAUCCCCCGACGCCUCCGUCCUCUUCGCCAACCGCGCCCACGUCAACCUCCUCCUCGGCAACCACCGCCGCGCCCUCGACGACGCCGCCCGUGCCGUCCAGCUCUCUCCCUCCAACGUCAAGGCGUACUACCGGGCGGCGAAAGCGGCGAUUGCUCUCGGCUUGCUGCCGGAGGCGGCGGCCUUCUGCCGGCGGGGGAUCGAGCAGGACCCUGCUAAUGAGGAGCUCAAGAAAUUGCUCGCACAAGUGGACGCCCAACAGAGUGAGCAAGAUCGUCAUAGGGCCAAGGUUGCGCAGGCCGUGUCCGCUGCGAAGGAUAUUGUUGCCGCUAUAGAGAAGAGGGGGUUGAAGCUUGGGAAGGCAGCAUAUCAAGAGCUUACCGGUGUAAAGAAGCCGAAGUUGGAUGAGCAGGGUGUGCUUCACUGGCCAGUUCUUCUGCUCUACCCGGAGGUCAUGUCGAGUGACUUCAUCGAGGAUUUUCCGGAGACAGAUACUUUCGUGCCCCACCUUGAUGUCAUGUUCUCAGAAAGUUCUCCACCAUUACCAUGGGAUGAUAAACACGCUUACACACGGGAUGCUGUUGAGUUAUAUUAUCAGGCUGGCGUUGGCACAGUUCUGUCCAAAAGUGAAAUAUUGAAAAUUCUUUUGGAAGGCACUAUGGACUCAAAGUCACUUCCUGAAAGCCUGCUUGAUGAGGAAGAUGGAGAAAAUGAUGAUGGCAAGAGCAGCACAAUUACAUCAUCAGAUAAGGGUUCUGUGAAGUGGAUCAAUGUAAAAGAGGGAAAAACUCUUCAAGAAGUGCUGCAGCAUAAAGACUUCAUCAUCCCUGCAAUUCCUGUGUUCUUUGUUGUUUCAAGAAAAUCCACCUUUUACAGAAAGUUCAAGGCAGGAAACUGGUCUUUGCCGUAAUGCUUAGCGUGAUUCAGUUUGGCACAUUUGGAAGAUGAUUAGUGCGGUACGCGUAUGAUCAGAGAAGAAAAGCUGGCCACCUAGUCAUUCUUGUAUGGUUUUAUAUGUUGCUUUAUAGAAUGAUGAGGUGUGUUCUUUCCUGUAUUUGGUACAAUUCUCAAGUAUUUUCCUAUCCUUUGCUUGAGAUGCUCAGUAUGCCGUUUCUGGAGAAACACACUGAGAAUGUACUUAUGUAUGGACAGCUUUGGGCCUGAUUUAGCGCUUGGCACAGUGAUGGUAUCUUGUACGCCAUAUCUACCAACCAAUUUUAGCACCAAACUUUUCUUGUCAAAUACCUUGUGUGAACUGUAAGAUUCAACCUCCAA